AUGCGCAGUACUUUUGGAAGGCGCGGCUUUGUUCCAGAAAGAGCGACUGGCGGAAAACCAGCCAGUCGAAGCCUCGCUACAGUCGGACAUGCACGACCCAACGACUUUGCUGGGUGCCCGCCAGCCAACGGCCCACCAACGGCCAACCAACAUCACCCACACAACCUUGAAACCUCAGCACCAGGACGCGCCACAGAUCUGCGACUGCCCGCAGGGAAUCGCUUCCGGCCGGUGCGUGAGACCGGCUGGGAAUGUGCUACCACAGGAUGUGACCAGCGCACGGCCAGGGCACGACUCAGCCCGGGCCGCUCUGCACAACAUGGCAACGGGUUCAUUUCUCGCAUCGCCCACUCUAUCAAAUCCAUUGCAACCGCUUGA